AUGACAUUGACUUUAAACUGGGAUGAUUUUUUUAGAGCAUUUAGUAAGAAGUACAUGCCACCAGUGUGUCGUGAUAAAAAGAAAAUUGAAUUCAUGGAACUGAAGCAGAAUGAGUUAUUAGUGUCUGAAUAUGAACUUCAAUUUAUCAGAUUAUCAAAGUAUGGACCUGAGGAGAUAACUACUGAGGAAAGGAAAAGAAGCAAAUUUGAAAGAGGUUUGAACCUUAAUAUUCGAGAGAAAAUUGAUGUUAAGUCCCCUACCUAUAAAGCAUUGAUUGAAGCCGCUUUCAGGCCUAAAGAAAUACUAGUUGAAAGGACUGAGAUAAACUUUGAAAAGAAGAAAAUGACCGGGACUUUUAAUUCUCUUUCAAGACAUGCCUAUAUUGUUAGAGAUUGUCCACUGAAGAGAGACUUUCUUGAGGAAUCUCAAGCUAUUGGUCAAAAUAGUGUGGGCCGACCUCAGACCCAAGCCAGAGUAUUUGCAGUGACUAGACAAGAUGCACCUACUCCACCGGAUGUGAUUACUGGUACAUUUUCUAUCUGUAACUGUGAUGCACAUCUGCUAAUUGAUCCUGGAUCUACAUGUUCAUUCAUAUCACAUGAGUUUUCAUUACGUGUGCAUGAAGCUGAUUUGGUUGUUAUUAACUUGAGAGAGUUGGAUGUUAUAUUGGGUAUGGAUUGGGUGUCAAAACAUCAUGUCAUUGUUGAUUGUCAAACUAAAGAAGUAGUUAUGGAAAUUCAAGGGAAGAUGAAAACGAUGAUUGUUGGGGAAAGGAAAAUAAUGGGUCAAGCAUGUUUGGCUAGUGUAAUAUAUGUGACUAAAGUUAGUCCGGGGGUUUCAGAAAUUCCAGUAGUUAAAGACUUUGCAGAUGUGUUUCUUGAUGAUUUGCUUAGUUUACCACCAGAUAGGGAGGUUGAUUUUGAAAUUAAAAUUAUACCUGGUUCAGCUCCUAUUUCUAUAGCACUAUAUAAAAUGGCUCCACUAGAAUUGAAAGAACUCAAGAAACAGAUAGAAGACCUACUUGAUAAGGGGUUCAUCAGAUCUAGUAUUUCUCCCUGGGGGGCACUUGUCUUAUUUGUGAAAUAG